AUGUCUAAGUUAAAAUGUGAUAAACUGCAUAGAAUUAAUAAUAAUCACGAAAAUGUUAGAAAAAUUAAUAGUUCUAUGUCUAUUGUAUAUUAUACAAUAAGAAAGAAUAUACAUUAUAUAAAAGAAGGAACAAAAUUUUAUUAUUCCUUAGUAAAAAUAUUAUUAAUUACGUUUUUUAUUUGUAUAUUUACAAGAUCGAAUCAUGGUCCUUUUUAUGAGACAUUUAAAAAUAAACCUAAUAUAAAAAGCAUAUGUAAUAAAAGACUUAAUAGAUAUUUGUAUGAAUACCAAAUAAGUAAUAAUUCCAACUAUUUUAAUAAUGCUUAUGCAAAUAAUCAAAAUAUACUAAUUGAUAAUUAUAAUAAUGAGAUAGAUUAUUUGAAUGAUUAUGUAAAAAAUGAUAUUUUAAAUAACUCUGAACAGAUAAAUAUAAACAAUGAAACAAUAAAUAAAAAAUGUAGUGUAUUAUUAAGAAAACAAAGAGUACUAUAUGAAGAAAAAACAGACGCUGUUACAACAAGUGAAGGUGCUUCAGAAACAUUAGGGGAUAUUCGUAAUAAAUUAAAAACAAGAACAGAGACACCUGAUGGAAUUACAUACGGCAAUAGAAUGCAUGGACCAAUGAAAGGAAAACUAGAUAAUUUAAGUAACAAACCAAGUGAAUUUAGAAGAACAAAUAAUAAAGAAUAUGAAACAAAAUUAAAAGGUCCUCCUACGAAUGAAAAUGAUUACAGAAAAAAUAUUAUGAAGGAACCGGAAGUAAAAACGAAAGUUAUUAAUUUAAAAAAUUGUGGUGUAAAUAAAUCACGUGUAGUUGCAUAUGAAGUAGUUCCUAAAAUUGUUACAACGAAAGAUGAGGGGAAUAGGAAAAUUAAUAGAGUGGAAUAUGAAAUAAGAGCAAAAUAUGAUACUACAAGUAAAAAUGAGGAAAAUAAUAAUGAUACAACAACAAAUGAGAUAUCAUCAAAAAUGGAAACAAAAAAUGAAUCUAUAAUGGGAAAUUCAAAUGGUACAUACGAAGUGAGAGAAGAAAAAAUGAAUAUUUCACAACAAAGUAGAUUAAAUAGUAAAAGUGGUAAUAUGAAUGGAAUAAAAUCCAAUGUCACUACUUCUAAAGAAACUCCAAUAGCCAAACCAAAUAAUAAUAUUGAAAACAAGGAUGGAAAAAAUCCAUUUAUAGACGAUGAUGUAUCAAAUAAGAAAGGCAACUUGCAAGAUAAUAAUAGAAAAUUAAAUGUUACAAUUAAUUCAAAUAAUGUUAAAAAUAAUUUAGGGAAUAAUAAUAAUCAAAUGAAACAAGGAACAAAUCCAUUUAUAGAUGAUGUACAUGAUAAGAAAGAUAAUUUUCAAGAUAAUAAUAGAAAAUUAAAUGUUACAACUAAUACAACUAAUAUUAAAAACAAGUUAGGGAAUAAUAAUAAUCAAAUGAAGCAAGGUAAAAACCCAUUUAUAGAUGAUGAUGUAAAUGAUAAAAAAGAUAAUUUACAAGAUAGUAAUAGAGUAUUAAAAAAAGGUACUAAUCCCUUUAUAGAUGAAGAUGAAUUAGAGGAGAUACAUAAACAAGAAAGAGAAGAAAAAAUUAGAAAUGAGAAAAAACAAAAUGGAGGUAAUAAUCAAAAUAAAAAAAGUAGUCCAAAUAGUCAAAAUAAGACAAUUAAUCAAAAUAAACAAAAUAGUCAAAAUAGGACAAAUAAUCAAAAUAAACAAAAUAGUCAAAAUAGGACAAAUAAUCAAAAUAAACAAAAUAAGCAAAAUAUUCCAAAUAAAUUAGAUAAUAAGAAUAAGGAAAAUACACAAUGCAAUCAAAAUGAAAAUUUAAAAACAAGUGAUAAUAAAACUAAUGAAAAAUUAAACAGAAAGACAUCUAAAGAUAAUAAAGUGAAUAAAAAAAACAAUGACGAAAAUAAUAAUUCUUUAAAAAAUUCAAAAUUUAAAGACGUUUUAUUAGAUGUAGCCAAAGAUAUUGAAAAUGGAAUUAGUUCAGAUAUGCUUAAUAAAAAUCAUAGAUUAAAAAAUGAGAAUAAAAAUCAAGGAAGAAAAUUAAAAAAUGAAUCUAUUACACAGAAUAAAUUAGAAAAUAAAAGUGCAAGAAAUAUGGAUGAUAGUAAACAUUUAUUUGAAAAUGGGUAUGAUUUAAAAAAAGAAUCAAAAAGAGAUUUUAAUAUAUCACAAGAAAGUGGUUUAGAUUAUACACAUGAAUAUGAGAGAGAGUUGAAUAAGGAGUAUGAUAGAUAUUCUGAUAGAGGCUCUACAUAUAUGGAAUACGAUGAAUAUUGCGAUUAUGAUGAAUAUGAUGAUUAUAAUGAUUAUGAUGAUAAUUAUGUGGGAAAUCCAAUGAAAUUAUUUACCAGUGAUAUAAUGAAUAGGUAUGGAAAUAUUAAAAGUGGAUUAAAACAUAAUACAAAUAAAAUUGCAAAGACUGUUUUAAAAGGUAUAGAUGAUAUAGAAGAUGAAGGACCAUCUAUUAAAG